UUAACAAGAAGGGAUCAUGGAAAGACUAUGAUUAACAAGAAAGGUGGUGGGAAGGACAACAGAAGCCUCCAUUCUUCAUUACAUAUACAGCUAGAAACAGAGCAGUAUCAGUUUUAAUAGCUACAGAUCGGCACAAUCAAGCAAGGGUUGUGUCAGUUUUAAUAUAAUCAAUGGCUGCAACAAGCUCCAGAUGCAACACAACCUCUCCACCCUUUUCUCCUACCCAAAAUAACUGUAAAUGGACAUAUCAUGUGUUCCUGAGUUUCAGGGGUGAAGACACCCGCAAGAAAUUCACUGGUCAUUUAUACAGUGGCUUGAGUAGAUAUAAGCUUCUUGUUUUCAAGGAUGAUGAGAAGCUUGAGAAAGGAAAAGUGAUCGCACCAGAGCUCUUAAAAGCAAUUGAGCAGUCAAUGUUUUCAGUCAUUGUUCUUUCUAAGAACUACGCUUCUUCAUCUUGGUGCUUAGAUGAACUGGCUAAGAUUAUAGAAUGUGGUGAUCAAAAAGGGCAGAAGAUUUUUCCUGUGUUUUAUGAUGUUGACCCGUCAGACGUGAGGAAACAAACAGGGAGCUUUCAGGAUGACUUUGCAAAACAUGAAGAAAAGUACAGAGAGAACAUAGACAAGGUUAGAAAAUGGAGGGCUGCUAUGACACAGGUAGCCAAUCUAUCUGGAUGGACUUCGAAGAACAGGAACGAGUCAGAAAUAAUUGAAGAAAUUGUUCAAAAGAUAGAUUACGAAUUGAGUCAAACAUUCUCAAGUGUCAGCGAAGACUUAGUUGGAAUAGAUUCUCGAGUGAGAGUAGUGAGUGAUAUGUUAUUCGGAGGACAAAAUGAUGUUCGCAUUAUUGGGAUUUGUGGGAUGGGUGGCAUCGGUAAAAGCACCGUUGCCAGAGUGGUCUACGACAAGAUUAGGUGUGAAUUUGAAGGUAGCUGCUUCCUUGCAAAUGUCAGAGAAGGUUUUGAGAAACAUGGGGCAGUUCCAUUACAAAAGCAACUUCUUUCUGAGAUCCUAAGGGAAAAGAGCCCAAAGAUAUGGGAUCCAGAGAAAGGAAUCACUGAGAUAAAGAACAGGCUGCAAAAUAGAAAGGUGCUUGUCAUUCUUGAUGAUGUAGAUAAUCUAAAACAGCUGCAUUUCUUGGCUGUGGACUGGAAAUGGUUUCUUCCAGGGAGCCGAAUAAUCAUAACAAGUAGGGAUAAGAAUUUGUUGAGUACACAUGCAGUGGAUGGUAUAUAUGAGGCCGAGGAGUUAAAUGAUGAUGAUGCUCUUGUCCUAUUGAGUCGAAAAGCAUUCAAAAAAGACCAACCAAUAGAAGGUUACUGGGAGCUAUGCAAAAGUGUUCUAGGCCAUGCCAGGGGCCUUCCAUUAGCUGCUAGAGUCUUGGGUUCUUCUCUCUGUGGCAGAAGCAUGGAUUUUUGGGAAAGUUUCAUUAAGAGACUAAAUGAAAUUCCAAAUAGGGACGUCAUGGAUGUUCUAAAAAUAAGUUUUGAUGGAUUAGAGGAACUAGAGAAGAAAAUAUUCUUAGAUAUUGCUUGUUUCUUUAAGGGGAUGAAUAAAGAUCAAGUAACAAGGAUACUUAACCAAUGUGGUUUUCAUGCAAAUUAUGGAAUACAAAUUCUCCAAGAUAAAUCUCUCAUAUGUGUGUCAAAUGAUACAUUGUCGAUGCAUGAUUUGUUACAAGCAAUGGGUAGAGAAGUUGUUCGUCAAGAAUCUACUGCAGAGCCGGGAAGGCGUAGUAGAUUAUGGGCAAGUAAAGAUGUCUUUCAUGUGCUCGGGAAAAACACGGGGACAGAAGAAAUAGAAAGCAUAGCCCUGGACUGGCAUAACCCAGAAGAUGUGGAAGGCACAAUGCUAAAAACCAAAAGGUCAGCAUGGAACACGGGAGUCUUCUCAAAAAUGAGCAGGCUAAGGUUGCUCAGAAUUCGUAAUGCAUGCUUUGAUUCAGGACCGGAAUAUCUGUCUAACGAGUUACGGUUUCUUGAAUGGCGUAAUUAUCCCUCAAAAUCUUUGCCAUCCUGUUUCCAGCCAGAAAAUCUUGUUGAAGUUCACAUGUGUUACAGUAACUUGCGACAACGUUGGCUUGGAAAUAAGAUUCUUGACAGUUUGAUAGUCAUGGAUCUCAGUUACUCCGAAUAUUUAACCAAGACCCCUGAUUUCACUGGGAUUCCGAAUCUUGAGAGGUUGAUUCUAAAGGGUUGUCGAAGGCUGUCUGAGGUCCAUUCAUCAAUUGGUCAUCACAAUAAGCUGAUUUAUGUGAAUUUAAUAGACUGCAAAAGUAUUACAAGUCUCCCAAGUAGAAUAAGUGGUUUAAAGUUGCUAGAAGAACUUCAUCUCUCUGGCUGCUCAAAACUGAAAGAGUUUCCAGAAAUUGUGGGAAAUAAAAAAUGUUUGCGGAAGCUUUGUUUAGAUCAGACUAGCAUUGAAGAACUGCCCCUAUCAAUACAAUAUUUGGUUGGCCUAAUUUCAUUGAGCCUCAAAGACUGUAAGAAACUUGCUCGUCUUCCAAGCAGCAUAAAUGGUUUAAAGUCCCUCAAAACUCUCCAUCUAUCUGGCUGCUCUGAACUUGAGAAUCUGCCAGAGAAUUUGGGGCAGUUGGAAUGUCUGAACGAGCUUGAUGUUAGUGGAACUGCCAUAAGAGAACCACCAGUCUCCAUUUUUUCCCUGAAGAAUCUUAAAAAAUUGUCUUUUCAUGGAUGCGCGGAAUCUUCGAGGUCCACCACAAAUAUUUUGCAGCGUUUAAUGUUUCCACUGAUGCCAAGAAGAAGAGCAACCUCAACAACUCUGGUGUUACCUUCUUUAUCAGGUUUAUCUUCUCUAACAAAGCUGGAUCUAAGUAAUUGCAAUCUUGGGGAAGGAGCAGUACCCAAUGAUAUUGGCUACUUGUCCUCCUUAAGGCAUUUGGAUCUAAGCUGUAAUAAAUUUGUUAGCCUGCCUACAAGCAUCGAUCAACUUUCAGGACUUCAAUUUCUUCGCAUGGAAGAUUGCAAGAUGCUUCAAUCACUCCCUGAACUUCCAUCAAACCUCGAAGAGUUCAGAGUCAACGGUUGUACAUCAUUAGAAAAAAUGCAAUUUUCAAGAAAGCUAUGCCAAUUGAAUUAUCUGAGAUAUCUCUUUAUAAAUUGCUGGAGAUUGUCUGAGAGUGAUUGCUGGAAUAACAUGUUUCCUACCCUGCUCAGAAAAUGCUUUCAGGGCCCUCCUAAUUUAAUCGAGUCAUUUAGUGUCAUUAUUCCUGGAAGUGAAAUUCCAACUUGGUUCAGCCAUCAGAGUGAGGGAUCAUCAGUGAGUGUACAAACACCUCCCCAUUCCCAUGAAAAUGAUGAGUGGUUGGGAUAUGCUCUAUGUGCUUCUUUGGGAUAUCCUGAUUUCCCACCUAACGUAUUUCGAAGUCCUAUGCAAUGUUUCUUUAACGGCGAUGGAAAUGAGUCGGAAAGCAUUUAUGUGAGAUUGAAACCGUGUGAGAUUUUGUCAGAUCACCUUUGGUUUCUGUAUUUCCCUUCUCGUUUCAAAAGAUUCGACCGUCACGUUAGGUUCAGGUUUGAAGACCACUGUUCUCAAACAAAGGUGAUCAAGUGUGGAGUUCGUCUUGUAUACCAGCAAGAUGUUGAAGAGUUAAACCGGAUGACAAAUCUAUAUGAGAACUCAACUUUCGAGGGUGUUGAUGAAUGUUUUCAAGAAUCUGGUGGCGCCCUGGUGAAACGACUCGGUCAUACUAAUGAUGGUGGAGAGGCCAGCGGAAGUGUUAGUUCUGAUGAGCAGCCCCCCACCAAAAAGCUGAAACAAAUAUAGCAGAAGUUGCACUUGCAUGCGCUUACACUCAUGGCGGCAGGUAUGUUUUCUAAAUUUCCUAGUUUAAAAUUAUUUGUAAUUCAUUCUCCAAAUUCAUAGCAGAAGUUGUUCAUAACCGUAGGUGGUAUAUUCUUCUUCUAAUAUACAAACAAUAUAAAUUCUAUAUAUUAUUGAUCUUCGUCGUGGUUUGACUGCUACCAAUGGCAACGAAAACAUUAGCAAAUGAAAGGUCUCAUCACUAAGAGUUUAUUCAUAUCAAAUUUGG